UUAAAAAGAUGAAGAAUACUUUGUUGCUGGAUUAAAAUCCUCCUUAAAGCUUCCAGAUUGACCACUGUUAAAGGGGUAAGGAUCCAACGGCAACUAACCAACCAGCAACAGAACUGGGGAAGUUUGACCAUUAAUAUAUCUUCACACUUACCAGAAAAAUGUCACCUGCUGAAAAAAAAUCAAGUGUUAAAAAAAAAUUUUCUGCUCCAAUCUUGACUAUAACGCAACACGUCACAUUUCAAUUGUGUGUUUAUCUGCGUGUACAAAACAACUUAUGAUAGUUGCAGUUGCGCACUUCUUGUUCUUGUUGAAGUUAAUAGUUCAUCGUUCAUUCUUGGAUUAUGGCAGACGUAGUUGUAUCUGCGGUCAUUUCGAUGUUGCAUGAAGCGUUGGCGUUUUCGAAUCAAUUUGAAGAUCUGAUUUUGGAAUUGAAGCAAUUGAAGAAACUCUUGUUGACGAUUCAGGGAGAGCUUGAUGAUGUGGUGGCCAAGAAAAAGGAGAACGUGACUGUGCAAAAAUGGUUGGAUGAUCUCCGAGAUGUGGCUUAUGAUGCGGAGGAUGUUCUGGAUGAGUAUAACUAUGUUGUUUUGAAGAGCAAGUUGGUGACAGAUUCUUGGACUCCAAGGGCUCUUAUUUGCAGCCUUAAUAUAGAGUCCAAGAUCCAAACAAUCACUUGCCAUUUGAAAGAUCUCUGUGAGGAAAAAACUGAUCUUGGAUUGAAAGAGAUUGCUGCUGGGGACUCGUUAACUGGAGAUUGGGAAAGAUUACCAAGCUCAAGUGUGCCAACUGAAGCUGCUAUCAUUGGAAGAGAUGAUGAUAAAGCCAAAAUUCUUGACAUGUUAUUAAGAGUUCAACCCGGAGAUGAAAACAUUAGAUCUAUUGGUAUCUGGGGCAUGGGAGGUAUUGGCAAAACCACCCUAGCCCAGAUGGUCUACAAGGAAUUGCCAGCAUACGACUUCGAUUUAAAAUCAUGGGUUUGUGUCUCCCAUGAUUUUGAUGUUCUGAAAAUCUCCAAGACAAUUCUGGAGUCAGUCACUGGCAAAUCUUGUGAUCUCAAGUACUUGAAUGAAGUGCAAGUAAGACUGAGUGAGGAAAUAGCUAGAAGAAAAUUUUUUCUGGUCUUGGAUGAUGUAUGGUCGAUUGAUUAUUGGUCAUGGCAAAUUCUAAAAUCGCCCUUUAUGGCUGGUGUACAGGGGAGUAGAGUUAUAGUGACCACACGCAAUAAAGAAGUUGCUUUAACAAUUGAAAAUGGCGAAUAUUACAGUCUGAAGCUUCUAUCAGAUGAUGAUUGUUGGUCUAUAUUUCAGAAACAUGCUGGAGUUAUUGAUGGAAUUCAGGAACUGGAAUCAAUCCGUGAAAAAAUUGUGGAGAAGUGCAGGGGCUUACCGUUAGCAGCAAGAACUCUUGGAGGGCUUCUACGGCACAAGCAGAGAGGAGCUGAGCGGGUGAAAAUACUGGAAAGCAAGCUCUGGGAUGUAUCAGGGAAAUCAAAUAUUCUCCCUGCUUUAAAAUGGAGCUAUCUUCGUCUUCCAUCUCAUCUUAAGAGAUGUUUUGCUUACUGUUCAAUUUUUCCCAAGAAUUUUAAAAUUGACAAGGAGCAGUUAGUCCAUUUGUGGAUGUCACAAGGUUAUCUUCACCCCUCAAAAAUUAAGCAGCUGGAAGAUGUUGGUCAUGAAUACAUUCAUGAUUUAUUGUCAAGAUCGUUAUUUCAACAUUCAAAUGAUGAUUCUUCAUUAGUUUCGAUGCACGACCUUGUUCAUGAUCUGGCUGUAUGGGUUGCUGGAGAUACUACUUUUAUGUUAGAGGAUGAAUUAGAAGCCGAUAUGCAAUCAGAAGGAUGUAAGAAGGUUCGUCAUUUUUCUUGCAUCACUGGUUCUUAUGAUAGCAAAACUAAGUUUCAGGUCCUGGAUGAAUUUAAUCGCUUAAGGACUUUUUUACCAUUGCCUGUAGAUGGUCACGUUCGAUACAUUUCUGAUAGGGUUCUUUCUGAUUUGUUGCCCAAGUUAAAAAAUUUGAGGACUCUAUGUUUAUCUAAAUACUAUAUCACUGAAAUACCUGAUUCCAUUGGAGAAUUGAGGCUUCUCAGGUAUCUCAACCUUUCUGACACUCAAGUCAGAUGUUUACCAGAGUCACUGGUAUUACUAUAUCAAUUGGAAACAUUGCUUCUAAAAUCUUGUUUUCGUCUCACAAAAUUGCCUUCGGAGAUUGGUACUUUGAUCAAUCUUCGCCAUCUUGAUAUCACAAAUGCAUGUUUAAUAAGAGAAAUGCCAUCGGGAAUGAAAAAUUGUAAAAAGCUCCAAACAUUGUCUAAUUUUGUUGUGGGUAACAAUACUGGUUCUAGUUUGAAGGAGCUGAAGAAUUUAAGGUUUCUUCGAGGAAAACUUAGUAUUUCGGGAUUAGAAAAUGUGAUUAAUUCUUGUGAUGCAAGGGAGGCCUUGUUAAGUGAUAAGAAAGAUCUAGAAGUGUUGUUGCUACAAUGGGGGUCGCAAUUUGAGGACUCAAGAAAUAAGGCAGUCGAAAAGGAUGUACUUGCCAUGCUACAGCCUCAUAGAAACAUAAAAGAGCUUACUAUUAAAUGCUAUGGUGGCAAAGAAUUUCCUUCUUGGUUAGGAGAUCCAUUAUUCUCUAAUUUGGUGACCCUAACAUUGGAAAGCUGUAGAACCUGUACAUCCUUGCCUUCUUUGGGGCUUUUACGGUCACUUAAAGUCCUAACCAUCAAGGGGAUGACAGGACUAAAAAGGAUAGGUUUAGAGACCUAUGGGGAAGGUUAUUCAAAGCCUUUCCAAAGUUUGGAGACUCUUUAUUUAGUGGAUUUGGAAGAAUGGGAGCAUUGGGAUUCUGCUGAAGAAGAGAAUGAGUUAUUUCCUUGCCUGCGUGACCUUUCUAUUUUAAAAUGCCCCAAGCUGUCCGGAAAAUUACCUGAAAGAUUUCCUUGCCUUCUUGAGCUUUCCAUUAUAAGAUGCCCCAAACUCUCUGGAAGAUUGCCUCGUCAUCUUCCUUCAAUAGAGAAGCUUGUUAUUUUUCAAUGUUUGCAAUUGGUGGUUUCAUUCUCAAGCUUCCCUAUGCUCUGUAAACUAGAAAUAGAUGGUUGCAAAGAGAUUGUGUACAGCAGUCAAAAGAUUUGCCCUGAGUCACUGAAGUCUAUGACUCUAGCAAAUAUCAGAGACGGUGGAAAUUGCUCACAACAAGAGUUUCAUAAUGUUGAACGACUGAAGAUUAUUGAUUGUGAAGAACUUGUAUAUUUCUGGGAUAAAAAUAUUCAGCAUAUGAAGCAACCUCAAGCGGGGUUACACAGCCUUACUUCCGUCAAAGAACUACAUAUUGAAAAUUUCACAAGUUCUGUUUCAUUUCCAGAGGCUUCUUUUUUUUCCAAUUUGAGUGUCCUUGUUAUUGAAAAUUGCAAUGCUCUAUUAUCCUUGCCUACGAAAUUACAGCUUCUUGAAAGAUUACGAAUUGGAGGUUGCCAUUCUCUAAGAUUCAUAGUAGAAGACAAGCUACCUUCAUCUCUAAAAUGGCUUGAGAUAAAAAAUUGUGGGAAAUUGCAGCGAUUGUCGGAUUAUAAAAAGAGUACUUGUACUUCUGGUCUUGAGUACUUGUAUGUCUCUGAGUGCCCCUCGCUCACAAGCAUAUCAUCGAUUUUCCAACAACUUGUAGUGCUCAAACAUCUUGAGAUUUGGAGCUGCAAUAAGCUCACUACCUUAUCAACCAGAGGCAACUUACCUGAGACACUUCAACACCUCAAUAUUGUUAAUUGUUCAAAGCUGGAACUGAUAGCUCAAAGGUUUCAUGAUAACACUUCUCUUGGAUAUAUGAAGCUUCGUAAAUUUAACAAUCUGAAAUCCAUACCUGAGGGCCUCCACAAUCUUGGCAGUCUUCGUGAUCUAUUUAUUUGGGAUUGCCCGAACCUUGUUUCUUUCCCAGAAGAAGGCCUUCCCAAGACAAGCUUAAGAAUUUUUUCAGUUGAGAGAUGUAAGAAACUUAAAACUCUGCCGAACCACAUGCACAAGCUCAAAUUUCUCCGAGAAUUACAAAUACGACAGUGUCCAGAUGUCACUUCCAUUCCAGAAGAAGGUUUUCCUACUAACCUGGAGUCACUUCUGAUUGCAGAUCUCAAUAUCUAUAAGCCACUAUUUGAGUGGGGUUUGCAAAGACUCACAUCUCUUAGAAACCUUGAGAUUAGAGGAUGCCCAUAUUUAGAGUCUUUUCCACGAGGUGAUAAUGCAACGAUGCUGCCCACCUCCCUAUCUCGGCUAACCAUUGCCAGGUUCCAGGGAUUGAAAUUCCUAUCUGCUGAGGGUUUGAAAAACCUUUCAGCUCUUGAAUAUUUGUCAAUCAGCGAUUGUCCAAAUUUCACAUCCUUACCAGAGUCAGGCUUACCAUCCUCACUUCUACAAUUAUAUAUCUAUGGUUGUCCCCUGUUGAAAAAACGAUGCAAAAGGACUGAAGGUCAAGAUUGGUCCAAAAUAGCCCACAUUCCUCGCAUACGAAUAGAUGGAAGAUUCAUAUCUGAUGCAUAUCUGGCGGAAGAACGAGCUCUCCUCCAUCUCAGAAGUGAAAAUAGUGCCUUCCCUUGCACGCUAACCCCGGAUGAAUCUAGCAAUGAAAUUUAGGCAACUUGGUCAAGUCAAGCUGGGGGGCCCCAGCUCGAGUUCAGCUCGUUGGAGCCAAUGACAGAUCCAGAAAUGAAAUUCAUGGGGGUCAAAGUUAAAAUAUUACAAAUAAAUUUUAAAUCAAAUUAAAUUAAAUAUUUCUAUUUAUAAAAUAUUUAUUAACUAAUACAUUUAUAAUUGUUUUUUAUGGAAUUUCAUCAUUUGAAAGUAUUGUAUGUUAAUUUUAUUAUAAAUACUAUUAAAUACAUUAUUUUCUGUAUACAUAACUAAACUGUCCGUCCUUCAAUUAUUGACCACUUCUUCUAUUUCAUAAAUGAUGCUUCAUAAAUUUCAUUAUUGAAAAUGUUUUCUCUAUACAGUAAUUGUACACUUUUUCCCCUGCUUCCAAGAAAAUACAUAUACUUCAGAUUUUGUUAUACACAAUCUAAUUAUCAUUACAUAAAGUUAAUUCCAAUAAUUGUAAAAUUUGGCUACAGUUUAUUGAAUUAGCUUAUGUUAUUAAUCACAAUAAAAUAUAAAUAUAUUCUAUUAAAGUGCUCCUCCAAAUGGAACUGCAAAGAAUCGGGUAACGCAGUGUGAAAACUUUAAACUCGGGAAUUGGGAUACUCCAAAUGCAGAGAAGUUGUAGCAACAAUCAACUGAGAAACCAGAUGCAGAGAAGCUGAAGCCAUGGAAACAGUCGUCGGGACCUUAAAAUCAGAAGCUCAAAGGACACAAAGCAACUGGGAGAAACCAGAAAGCAAAGGAAAGGAAAAACCGGAAAUGAUGAAGACUAAAGUACCAGAUUUCUCAAGACUUUGAACUGCCGGAGAGGAGAGGAGUUGAAACGCCGGAGUUGGAAACGGAAAAGAGUCAAGACGCUGGGACGGUGAGGAGUAUAUUCAGGUUACUCGAAAUCCUUUGAUCCCACAGUAGAAGAAACAUUUGAUAACUCAUCCUAAUCUUAUAUGCAUGAAACACGUUUCUGGAAAGAAAAAGAAACGCGUCUCAUAAUUCUUUAAAAUAACUGAAACGGCCCCGAAGCGUUUUAUACCGGUUUUGGGCAGUUUCAAAAAUGCAGAAACGCACCCCCUAGUGCGUUUCCGUGCUUCCUUGAUAACAGACAUUUUGGAGUUCUGUUCAUUUGCUUUUUACUUGCGUAUUA